AUGCGGCUCAUCAACGUCAGGACCAAAGAGAUCACGCUGUUCUACGGAGAUGAUACGCCGCCGUACGCCAUCCUCUCCCACACUUGGGCAGGCGACAAUGAGGUCUCCCACCAGGAGUGGACAGCCCCCCUGAGACCGACGUUCAAGCCGGGAUACCGCAAGAUCAUGGCCGCCUGUUUGCAAGCCGAACAAGACGGGCUCGACUACCUGUGGGUGGACACAAACUGCAUCGACAAGACCAGCAGCGCCGAGCUGUCGGAAGCCAUCAACUCCAUGUUCGCGUGGUACGAGGCAUCCGCCGUCUGCUACGCCUAUCUCUCGGACGUUGACGGCAAUGAUCCCUUCGGCGUGGCGCCCCUGCCCCCGGUCGAGGGACUUUCUCUCUCCACAGAGCUCAAACGGAGGGGACCGACUUUGGAGCUGCGCGCCAGCCGCUGGUUCACCCGCGGUUGGACCCUGCAGGAACUGCUCGCACCCCCGAAGCUCACCUUCUUCAAUCGCCACUGGAAGGACAUUGGCACGCGCCAGGAGCUGCGCUUCCCCAUCUCGACCAUCACGGGCAUCGACGUCACCUACCUCGGGCAGAGCCAGAAGAUCUUCUCCGCCAGCGUCGCCGCGCGCCUCAGCUGGGCGGCGAAACGCGAAACGACGAGGGUCGAAGACAUGGCGUACUGCCUGCUCGGCAUCUUCGACAUUCACCUGCCGCUCAUCUACGGCGAGGGGUCCAAGGCGUUCCUCCGGCUGCAGGAGGAGAUCAUCAAGAACAGCGACGACCAGACCAUCUUCUGCUGGACCUGGGAGGCUGACAUGGUGCCACACGGCUGGCUGUCACUUCUGGCACCCUCGCCAGCCGUCUUCGACUCGGGAAAGUUUGUUCCCGCCCCAGGGAACCACAGUUCCGCGCCGUAUCAGAUUACCAACGUUGGACUGCGCAUCAGGCUUCCCGUCGUUCUCGCCGUUCACACUGUCUGCGCAGUUUUGGACGUUGUCAGUACAGAUGAUACCGAUCCCGACAAGCGAAGGCGCAUGUGUCUGCCGCUUUUGGUCGAAAACAAUGUCUACCGGCGAGUUGCUCUUCCCGGACGCGCUUUCCCGAUCCACUCAGCCAUGAUCUCCGAGGUGCGAAAUCUGUACAUCCUCUGCAAGACGCCAAGGGAUACCUCGGGCAUCAGCAUCCUACCGUACCGCCCGCGUUUCGAAUACGGCUUCCACAUCACAGUGAGGAUCUCCGGGUUCGAGGGCAACGAUCCACCCCUGAGCGUCGACUGUCUCGUCCCCCAGUACCCGCAGUCGCCCUUCUCCCACAUUUCGACGCCCGUGUAUAGCGUCGUGGGUUUCCGAGGCCCGCUCCAGAGCGAUAUCAACAUCCUCGUCCUGCGCAUCAGGUACAAGGAUCAGAAGAUACCCAUCCUGCUGUCGGUGGGGAUGCGCGGUGGGCUACCGACCUGGCACUGUGAGAUCCUGCCAUACAGCUUCCUUGCCUACAGCACGGAGCGGUGGCUGGUCGAGAUUGACAAGAUGCGGCAGCAGUCGCAGGGCCACAGCUUGUGGUACCACAGGGUGCGCAACGUGGGCGUUGCGCUGGACCGGGAGAAUCUCGAUGCGUCUGGUCGAUACGUGCGCUAUGUGUACGUUGUUAUCGGCGAUAGAGUGAGGUGGUCCAGGACGGGGAAUACCAUGGAGGAUCCUGAUCGCGUGUUUGAUUCUCAUAGUCGGGAUCGCAUAUUUGACAUGGUGGCCGAGAUUGAUGCUGAGACCUCGACUUGA